GCGCGCUCGGACCGCCUGCUGCUCCCGCCUGGCUGCUGACCGCUCGCCGCCGACUUUGUGCGGCUCCGGGUUCUCCGAGCGGAUUCCAGAAAGCCUGCAAGGCCAUCAUGGCAGCGAAGCCCAAGCUCCAUUAUCCGAACGGGAGAGGUCGGAUGGAAUCCGUAAGAUGGGUUUUAGCCGCUGCUGGAGUCGAGUUCGAUGAAGAAUUCUUAGAAACAAAAGAUCAGCUGCAGAAGUUGCAGGAUGGUAACCACCUGUUGUUCCAACAAGUGCCGAUGGUUGAAAUUGACGGGAUGAAGCUGGUGCAGACCCGCAGCAUCCUCCACUACAUAGCGGACAAGCACCACCUCUUUGGCAAGGACCUCAAGGAGAGAACCCUGAUUGACAUGUAUGUGGAGGGGACGCUGGAUCUGCUGGAAUUGAUCAUCAUGCAUCCUUUCCUAAAACCAGAUGAUCAGCAAAAAGAAGUGGUCAACAUGGCCCAGAAGGCUAUCAUUAGAUACUUUCCUGUGUUUGAAAAGGUCUUAAGGGAUCACGGACAAAGGUUUCUUGUUGGUAAUCAGCUGAGCCUCGCGGACAUAAUUCUUCUCCAAACCAUUUUGGCUCUAGAAGAGAAAAUUCCUAAUAUCCUGUCUGCAUUUCCUCACCUCCAGGAGUUCACCGUGAAAAUAAGUAAUAUCCCUACAAUUAAGAAAUUUCUUGAGCCUGGUAGCAAGAAGAAGCCUCCUCCGGAUGACAUCUACGUGAGAACCGUCUACAACCUCUUUAUGCCGUAAAACAACUCAUGCAUCUGAGGAGUCAGUGCUGUCCACGACUCUGCAGAAAGAGGACAUCUGGAAGCCCCGUGUUUGGAACCCUCCUGAAUUCUGCCCUGUGCAUCUCUUCCCCUGGCUGAUCUUCAUCUGUAUUCUCUCCUUGUAAUAAACCAUAGCCGUGAGUACAACA